CUUUGCUCAUUUUUUCUAAUACAAUUGGAUUAUCACACACAUCUACAUUACAACUUUACCCACUGCUCAAAAUGCCUACUCAGGAAGAAAUUAAGAACUUGGAGGUCAUCUCCAAGUACUUCGCCGAAUUUUGGGGCAAGGCCAACCCUAACAUCGUUGAUGAGCUCUGCGCCAACGAUUUUGUCAUCAACUAUCCUAUGCACGGCCCCCGAUAUGGAAGAGAGGCUGCUAAGAAAAUGCUGUCGGAGUUUAAGGAAGCCUUUCCGGAUAUUUCUUUUCAUGCGUAUCAACACCCACUGAUCGCCAGCGGGCCCUACGUGGUUGGUCGGUGGAUUGGCGGAGGCACUCAUACGGGCGUUGCAUUUGAUGAUCUUGCGGUGGGAGCUCUGGAUAAGCCCAACACUGGAAAGAAGAUGUAUUUCUCUGGCACAACUAUUUUCACGCUUCGAGAUGGCAAGAUUGUAGAUGAGACUGGUGAGGAAGGCGCCUUGACUGCGCUUCAAAACCUGGGCCUUGUUUCUCAGCCUAACCCUGGCAAGGAGGUAAAAUAUCUUCAUGAACACUAGGAGAACGGUAACAAUUACUGCCAUCCAAUGCAGCAAUACUCGUCAAUAACAUAAAUUGGGUUGCCAAUUGGAAAUAUGAAAUUUUAAUGAACGCCA